GGAGGAAGGGGGGAGGAGGAGAGGAACGAAAGACUUGACAGGAAGACUGACACCGACAGAGUCUGACAUCUCAUUGAUCCCCCUCUGCCAUCCCAAAGAUGGGCGGCAUCAGUUUUGGCCGUGCGUUGCUGGCUGUCUUGUGGAAGAACUUCCUGUUGAAGACCAGACGGCGAGUUGCGACGCUGCUCGAGAUCGCCUUGCCCGCCGUGAUCGCCCUCUUCCUCAUCUGGGUGCGCGGAGAGAUCAAGCGGGUGAGUAAGAAGGAAGAGUAGAGGAGCACAGAGGGGUGGAGGAGCAGCGGCACGAGAGAGCUGGCCUGACUCACGCUGAUGGUAUGCGUGCGUGCAUUCAGGAGCCGAUCGAUGAGACGCAUUUCAACGACCCCAAGUACGACCUCUCUCUCUGGGCCAGCUAUGACGAGGGCGACGAGGGGCCGCAGCUGUACGAACCGGGCGAAGCUGCUCCAAGUGAUACGGACAGACAGACAGACAGACAGACAGACAGACGCCCAAUCAAUCAGCUCAUGGACUCAGAUUUGCACGGCAAGUGUGCAUCGACCGUGUAUUUUUGUUUGUGUGUUGUCUUGCAGCCCUGAUGCGAUCGACGGUCAGCCGGGAGUAUAACGGGAUGCAUCUGUCGUACUUUCCCGACAUCCUACGCUCAAAAGGCAAGUUUGCCAUCGUGGGCAAGGGCAGCCUCUUCACGGACUUCGCCCUCUUCUGGGACAAUUUCCUCAUGAAGGUUCGACCAGGUGAACAAACGAGACACAGGGAGAGAGAGAGACAGACAGACAGGCAGACCGGGAGUAGAAGAGACUGCGGAUGAGCGAAUGAGUGCUGUCUUUUGACGUGUGUGGUGUGUCUCUGCGUCCGUCCGUGUGGCUGCAUAGAUUCCACCACCUCCACCGGCUAUGCCGCUGAGUACGACAACCUCCUGCUUUACUUCAAGAAUGAGGACAGAAUGGACGAAUAUAUCAAAAAGGUGAUUGGAAUGCCACACAGCAGGCAGACGUCAUGAGACAUGUUCGCUCCUGAAUUAAUUGAUUGAUUGAUUGAUUGAUUGAGAUCAGGGGGACUAUGGGUUCACCAAGGACAGGCCAUCGAUCCAUGCCGCCCUUGUCUUUGAGAAGGGCAGCAGAAAUUGGCACGUAAGUCGAUGGAAGCGGCAAGAAGGGCUGCCUCAAUUGCUUGCUCCCGUACAGGCGAAGAUCCGGAUGAACGCAACUGCUGACCAAACAUCCGACACACGCGCGCCAAAGGUGUUUUCUAUUAGACGCAAAUUCAGAGGAGACUUUGCCAAACAGGUAAUGGCGUAGAUGAGGCAGGGCCAUGCGCUCGUAUAGACCAUUACUUGUUGUGGUGCAGUACCGCGACGGUGACUUCGAGGCCCAGUGGGACCAGCCUCCCCAGGGCGGCUUCAUCGACGUCCAGACACUCUUCUACGCAUUCAUUCUGAAACAGGAAGGCCUCGUCACCGAGACGGCCACUCCACGUAAGGCUGAGAGAGAAGGCCCAAUCCUGAACAAGGUCGCUGCAUGGCACUGUGAGGUUUGGUUCUGUGCGCUUGCAGCCUUGGAUUCUGACGUGUCGUUCUUUCUACGCCAACAUUUUGACACGAAAGUCGGCAUACGCACCACCCUCCCCCUCAGACGCCGCAUGCAGGGCACCGACAGUGACCUUGCAAGGAUCAUGAACAUCGCGGCCAACAACAGCGCUUGGUUCAGCAGUGACGUCCAAAACGAUCCGAUUCUCGGGAACUGGACCGCCGACAGCACAAGGUAAUUCUCAGUUCCGUGCCGCCGAUCUCACGAUAGGAUGGUUGAGACGCCGUCCUUUCCGCUGGCGUAUUUGCAGUGUUUCGCCCCAAGACCUGGAGGAUUUUGUGCCGACGUUGCUUAGUGAGCUGGACACAUCUGUCGGCCUCCAGGACGCCAUCCGCCUCGCAGUGAGCCCCUACCUGCCCGUCAAAUUCAGGUGCUACACUGCAGGCGCACACGCACACGCGCUAGAUAAACCGAAACAGAACACGCGCCCCAUAUUGUGUGUGCUGAAGGGAGGUUGGUUUCCCCACGAUCGAGCACAAAGACGACCCGCUGCCGACCCUUCUGGGCAUUUUUUUCGGGCUUUUCUUCACGCUGGUGGGCCAGGCCGGGGGGUCGAUGGACGGGAUCAGGCGCGGUGGUUGUCCUGUGGGUGUCUGUGCAGGUGUACAUGCUGCCCGUGUCUCGACUGGUCAAGUUCAUCAUGGAGGAAAAGGGUGAGAGUGACAAGCUGGCUGAGACUUUGGAUAGCUGGCUGGCUGGCUGGCUGGCUAGCCCCUCGAUGGGUUCCUUUUGUGUACGUCUCCUGUGGACCUGUUUGUCCAUGCAGAGUACCGGAUCAAGGAGGGAAUGAAGAUGAUGGGCAUGACCGACCCCAUCCUGUGGCUGUCGUGGUACAUCACAUACGGCGUCAUCGCCUUCGUCCAGGCCAUACUCCUCACACUUUGCCUCACUCCUGUUUACCCCAAGUCGGACAAAGGCAAGCAUUGCAAACCUCCAUACGUACACACACACACGCACUGGCUGCACCAUUGUUGGCUGCACAUACGACAGGUUUGGUGAUCCUCCUCUUCUGGUUGUUCGGCAUGGGCAACAUAUCUUUCACCAUCAUGCUGCAGGCGUUCUUCAGCAAGGCCAAACUUGCGGGUCAGCCAGUGAGACACCUGCCCGCAGUAUGCGACUUGGCGUGUCUCACUGUGUGUGUCAGCCGGGAUGAGCGCCCUCGCCUUUCUGGCGCUGUACUUCCCCUAUUACAGCACGGCGUCCGGCAUCACUGAAGUCAAGAGGGGCGCCAAAGUUGCGUCGUGCCUGGCGCUGCCCGCAUGCCUCGGACACGGCGCCACAGUGUAUGCCCAGUGGGAGGCCGUGGAACAGGGUAUCAACUACGGCAACAUCGGCACGCCCAUCGAGAACAUGGCUGGAAACGACGUGCUGGUCAGUACACGGUCAAUCGUUUACCUUAUGCCGACGGUAAUUUUCCUGCCUGUGCGUCGUUGCCUUUGUUCGUUCAUUCAUUCAGUUGAUGAUGCUGGUGGACAUCGUCUUGUACUUCCUCAUCGGUGCCUAUGUGGAGAAAAUCUGGCCUGGCGACUUCGGCACCCCACUGCCAUGGUCACCCACGCAUACGCACACACAACGACGCACACCACCCAUGAGACAUGCACGCGAAUGUCCGUGCACACAGCGAUGCGUCUUGAUGUCCGUUCGUCCUCAUUCUGGCUGGCUGCAGGUAUUUCCCUGUGUCUCCGAAACUGUGGAUGGACCUUCUUGGAAUCAAAAAGAAUGCAGCUGUGCAGGCGAGUGACGUCGAGAACCGCACCAUUGACCACGAACUAUACGAACCGACGCCACCAGAACUGCAGGACAAGGUUGGUCAGUCAGCCAGAGAGAGAUACGCAUAUUUUGACAGGCAAGUGUAUUCAUCAAUCGUCGUGUGUGUCUGUCGAUCAGAUGAAAGUCGAGCUGAUCAACCUUCGCAAGGAGUUCAAUAAGACCUCACCCCUUGGCAAGAUUUUCCCCGACAUGUUCCCUGACAAGUCAUUCCGGGCCGUCGAUGACAUCAAUCUGCAGGUACGCAGGCAGCCAAGCGAACACACAUCGGCUGAGUGCCUGCUGGUCGGUCGACAGAUGUACGAGGGCCAGAUCCUUGCUCUGUUGGGCCACAAUGGAGCUGGCAAGACCACCACCAUCUCCAUGCUCACCGGUGCGUACACUCGGACGGAUAAGCAAGAGAGAACGAAUCAUCCGAAUCAUCGGUGGCUGGCGGUGGGUGGGUCCGUGCCUGUGUGUAGGCAUGUUGCCUGUGAGUGGCGGCGAAGCCAAGAUCUAUGGCCACAGCAUUGCCUCCGACAUGCCCCUCAUCCGCGCCAGCAUGGGCAUCUGCCCACAACACGACAUACGUUAGUCAGUCAGGCAGUCAGUCAGGCAGAGACAGACACACACCUGUGGUCAUGCCUGUCGGCUGCUUGGUGUGUUUUGUGUGUGUCUCGUUCCCUUCAGUGUUCGAUAUCCUCACUGUGCGGUAGGUAGGCUGGCUAGCCGGCUGCAUGUAAGUACGUUGCGUCACACUUCCUGUCUGUCCUUCCUUGCUGUCUAUCUGCAGUGAGCAUCUGCUCCUGUUCUGCAACAUCAAGGGCAUCCCGAAGGCCAUACAGGAGGAGGAAGUCACCAAGACCAUCGCUGCGGUCAACCAGAACACAACCGUCACACCAAGCAAGAAGAGGCCGCCUCCUUUAUGUACUUGCCUGUGCUUCAUUCAGGUCGGAUUGCAAGAAAAGACCAACAGCCGUUCUCACACGCUGAGCGGAGGGCAGAAGAGGAAGCUGUCGGUGGGCAUCGCCCUCAUCGGCGGCAGCAAAGUCGUGUUCCUAGACGAACCAUCCACAGGCAGGCGGAAAACUGACCGACUCCCCGACGCGACAGCCUCGCUCAUAUAUGCACGGGCGCGUGUGUGUUGGUCAGGUGUCGACCCAUACAGUCGCCGCGCGUUGUGGGAUCUGCUGAAAGAGGUCAAGAAGGACCGCGUUAUCGUCCUCACCACACACUUCAUGGAGGAGGCUGACUAUCUCGGUCCGUUCGGCGUGCGGACACACCACACAUACACACACACAUCGACGCCACAUUGAUGCGUGUAGGCGACAGGAUCGCCAUCAUGGCUGCUGGGAAGGUCAAGUGUUGCGGCUCGUCCCUGUUUCUAAAGAAGAAGUACGGUGCGGGCUACACCUUCACGUGCAGCAAGGCCGUGGCCGACAAGGAGGACGACCUGCAGAAACUCAUCCACGACAAAAUACCAGAGGUGGCCACGGAGGCGCGGCAGCAGACAGCUCGUGCAAACAGCUGUGUUUUUCUCUUCUACUCGUCUCCGUGUCUACCCAUCUAUGUGGUGUGUGUAUCAGGCUGAGACAUUGAGUAACGCGGCUGCUGAGAUAUCCUUCAGGCUGCCGUUCACCGCUUCCAGUCAGCUCCCUGAGUGAGCGACAGCACAAGAGGGAGACAUAUACACACGGUGAGUGGAUUGGUUGGUUGUUUGUUUGCGUCCAGUGUGUUGGAGGCGUUGGAGCAGGACAGCCAGAAGAACGAGGCGCAGACGUAUGGCGUCCGCAGCUUUGCCAUCGGGGUCACCACACUAGAGGAGGUACCUACUGUGUGGACGUCAGUCAGUCAACCAGCCACAAUUUCCCCCUCUAUGCUUGAUUGCCCUCCACAGCUGGCUGUAUGUCUGCGAAUGAAUGCAGGUGUUUCUGAAGGUCGGCCGUCACGCCGAGGGAGACGUCCUCGACAUCACCGACAAAGGCAACGACGCCUUCCAGGUCAACCACACUGCCAUCCUUGGCUCCCUUUCAGUGGAUCAGCAUACACAUACAUACAUCUCACGUGUCUGUACAGGUACGGCACUCAUUUGAGGAUCUCGACCAGGUCGAGUCGGCGCCAUCGGCCAAGAAGGGCAAGGACAGCAGCCAGGUGCACGCCGAGGGAGCCACUUUCACACGUCAAGCAGUCAAGGCCGGCGAGCGGCGGCCCAGUUGGGAGGAAAGGGAGCUGGGGCGGGUCACUGGAGGCUUCGUGCUCUUCGCCAUCCACAUGAAGGCACUGCUCAUCAAGAGAUUCCACGCCAACAAACGCGGUAUGUAUGGCAGACACUGCGGGCGCAGCCCGAGUGAUUGCUCGCUGAGGUCAGGCUCCCGUGAUUUUGCUGCGACUUUCUGCAGACUUCAAGGGAUUCUGCUGCCAGAUAGCGUUGCCGAUUCUCUUCGUCCUGUUCGCGCUCAUUCUACUCAAAUUCAGUGGCGCGUGAGCUCUUCCAUGCCCGACAUGCUCUUACAUGCCCGAUGCUCUUAAGCCUCGCCUUUCCAUGCGUCGUUCAGCGACUCGUUUUGGAGUCACAGCCUGUCGAUUCAGAGCCACUACGGCGACAUCGACAUCCCCUACAAUAGAGACCCCCGAUGGGACAGCGUAUUCACCUACAAGAACGUACGAACAGGACAUGUUGCCUUGAUUACAGACUGUUCGUUCAUGACCGUCUGCUUUGGUCGAUCAGAGCUUGCAUGUGAGGGGUGUGAGCGCGGCUGAGAUUGACAACGACUUCUCCGUUUGGCUGCACGACACAGCAGGGGAUGAAGAGGAGCCCAGGUGACGGGCGGCCGGCCACAAGCACGAGUCAGAUAGAGAGCAAUAGCGGGCCAUCUCUCCCUGUGUAUGCCCGUGCGCGUGUGUGUGGUUAGGCGCGGUGCCUACUUGAUCAAUGACGUCAGCCUGACAGGGCCACUACCGGAAGUGCAAAUGGACCUCUACUGGAACAGCUCAGGACGAGACGCGUAAAGCAGACUAUUCAUCCAGGUGGAGGCUAGCACGCAGCUGAGUGAGCAUCUCUCAGGCUGCCUAUCUACUACCAUGAGUUCUUCAAUUUUUGGCUGCGGUCCCGGGCCAACGACCCCAGCUACAGCGCUCGUGUCGAGUAAGCUCGGGCGGGUGGAUGUUCGUAUGCCAGGGGCACACCGGCCGCUCAUGUGCGUGUGUAUAUUUGUCUGUUCGCGUGAGCAGCAACCACCCGCUGCCUCUGACGGCCGAGGAGGAGGCUUUUGCAGACUUCGACACAGCCAUGUUCCUCAGUGAGCAGUCAAACACAUACAUACAUACAUACAUGGGUCUCACGGAUGGUCCUUGGCUGUCUGCUGUAUGCGCUGUGCUGUGCAGGCAUGGGCUUCGCCUUCAUCCCCGGUAUCCGUCUACAUACAUGACAAACAUCAACAUGAGUGUCUUCGUUGUGGUCAUUCCCGCAGCCUUCUGGGGUCUGACGAUUGUACGAGAGCGCGAGACCAAAGCCAAACACCAGCAAACCAUAUCCGGCGUCAGCAUAUUCGUAAGGCUGAAAAGCAAGACCUUCCCUCCCUCCCUCCUUACUAACCUGAAGCGUAUUGUGCCUCACUCAACCAAUGCAUGCCCCCAGGCGUAUUGGUUGUCCACGUGGCUGUGGGACAGUGUCGUGUACCUCUUGCCCGCUCUUUUGGCCUUCAUUUUGAUGGUCGCAUUCGACGUCAAGUCGCUGGUGUGUAUCAAGAGCCGGCAUCCAUCUUUGCAUUCCCUGUCGGGAUGGAUGGAUGUGUGUAUGUGCGUAGCUUGAGGGUGCCGCUGCGGGUGCGACGUUCACCAUUCUGCUGUUCUACGGCAUCAGCAUCGGGCCCUUCACAUACAUGCUGAGCUUCCUCUUCAACAACCACACGGCCUCCCAGAUAUUCUUCGUCCUACUAUACCUCCUCACCGGUGCGUUCAUUCGUGUACACACGCGCACGCACACACACAAUUCAUACAGACAGACAAGGAGGUCGACUCAUCUCUCUCUCGUGUGUGUCAGGCGGCAUUGGUAUGGUCGUGUCGUUCAUUCUGAGCAUCAUCUCGACGACCAAGGAGAUCCACGACGACUACCUCUUGUGGAUUCUGUACCUGCUGCCGAACUUCGCGUUCGGGAGAGGGCUGGCCAACAUCAUACUGAGGGAGAGCCGCUUCUUCUGGAACGGCAAAGAGCACGAUGUCUGGGACCUGGAGAUAGUCGGAUACCCACUCAUCUACAUGGUCCGCAGCCACCAACAAUGCAUUUCUUCAUGCCACGUCUCCUUUGUGUUGGUCGGUGGGUGGAGCUCGCAGACCAUAGUGAUGAUAGUGUCGGUGAUCGCCACCUUUGCCAUCGAGUACAUCAGCUCCACACCCGACCUCAUGAAGCGACUCCAAAUGCACCAAUCCAUAGAAGAGCCGCCAUACGAAGUAACACAUGCAGUCAAUCUACCUACUCCUGUCUUUUUGUGUGUAUGUGUGUCUUGUGCACACAGGAGGAUGACGACGUCGAGUCGGAGCGCCAGGCUGUCAAAGCUAUGGCCAGCAAGGCUGACCACACCGACUGGCACAUGGUCAUGGUCAUGGGGCUCCGCAAGGUCUUUCCCGGCACUCGCAUCGUGCAGCCACGGAUCGCCGUCGGCGACGUCUACUUUUCCAUACCUGAGGGUCAGUGCUUUGGCUAUUUGGGUGCGAAUGGCGCGGGCAAGACGACCACUCUGAAGAUGCUGACGGGCGACAUCAUUCCCACUGACGGAACCGCCAAGCUGGGCAAGAAGGACAUCCUCAAGGAACAGGUGACUGUCAGACGACUCGUCGGAUACUGCCCACAGUUCGGUAAAUGCAAAGAAACGAUGGGAGAGCUGCAUUCACUUCAGUGGGUGGGUGGCUGGAUGGCUGCAGACGCGUUGAUUGACAACUUGACCGGCCGCGAGCACCUGUGUCUCUUCGCGCGUAUCAAGGGCAUUCCCAAGACACAGGUCAACAAGCAAGCAGACGGCCAGCAGCACAGGCAAGCCCGGCACUGCUGCUGUCCUGUCUCUAUGUGUAGCUGUACGAGUACGUCCAGAAGAUCAUCGAGAAGCUAGGCAUCAGGGAGUACGCUGACCGGUGGGCAUUACUCUCUCUCCCCCUCUACAUAAAUGGAUGUCACACACUUCACCAUCCGUCGGUUGGUUCGUUCAGCCCUGCCGGCACCUACUCGGGCGGCAACAAGCGCAAGCUGUCUGUCGGAAUAGCGCUCAUUGGGAACCCAAAGAUCGUCUUCCUGGGCAAGCAGCGGCGCAGAUUAUGGGCCACAUGUCACUCACUGUGUGUCUCUUCCUUCUCGUGUCGUUGAUGCAGACGAGCCGACGUCGGGUGUCGAUCCGGCCAGCCGUCGGUUCAUGUGGUCGCUAAUUGCGACCACCAUGCAGGGCCGGUCGGUGAUCCUCACCACACACAGCAUGGAGGAAUGCGAGGCACUCUGCGACAAGAUCGCUAUCAUGGUCAACGGCAGACUGCGGUCAGUCAGUGCGUGACAGAGAGCCGUGACAAAGACAGAGACAUGACACAGAGACUGUGUGGGUGGGUGCUGGGCGUUUGAGUGCAGUUGCAUCGGCCCUGCCAGCCACCUGAAGGCCAAGUAUGGUCAGGGGUAUCAGUGUGAGAUUACCCUUCACGACGAGGACACCCGGCCGGCGCUGUUUGAUUUCAUGGCCUCCAACUUCCCGGGCACGGUGGUCGUGGAGAGCCACGGCCGACACGACUCGUUCAAGAUACCGAGGGGCAUCAUGUCACUCGCAAACAUAUUCAGGACCAUCGAGCAAAACAAGGUAGGUGGCCAAGGGAACUCAGAGUGCAAAAGAGACGGCUGGCCGGUUGGUUUUCUCUGUGUGUGUGUCCUUCCUUAUCAGGAGACGUUGAAGGUGGAUGAUUAUGCCAUUUCGGAGACGGCUCUAGAGCAAAUCUUCAGUAUAUAACGGACAUACACACAGACAACGAGCAAUUCACGGGAACAAUGUCUGUCUGUUUCUGUUUCUGUUUUUGUGUUCCUUCAGUCGGGUUUGCGUCUCAGCAAGUUGGCGAGAAGGAGCAGGUGCCGUCUGCCGCGCCGCCCCCCAUGCAGCAGCAGCAGCCCUACCCGCCACACCAGCCCAACGCCACAACGGUCCACGUCGAGAAGCAGGAGUAUGUCGUCGACAACGGGCCAGCCCCCGGUGCUGUUGAUGACGCCAUUGAGGAGGACGGACUGGACAACAUGGCGAUCCCGGUGGAGGAGCAGGCCAUGCCAACUACCUCAUGAACAACCAACGAUCAGUGAUGUCUCAAGUCACGGCAGUAGCUGAGACAUACACACAAUAUAUAAUGAUGCCCAUUCUCCUUUAUGCCAUUCGUACACACAGCCGUCAUCCGCUCGUACAGCGGAGGGAGACAGGAGUGUAUCGUUUGUUCUUUUGCCAACGAGUGGUGAGCAGUUUGAUGU